AUGAGUGAAAGCGCACGAACAACACAAAGUAUUGAUCAAUCACCUACAUCUCAAUCGGUUGAAGUACUCGAAGAAAUUGUUCGGAAUUGCCAACGUAAUGAAGAACGUUUACACGAGCUUGAGCGUCAUACACGACAUGAACGAAAAAAAGCUGAACGUCUUUUACAGGAAACAUUUCGAGCAAGACAAGAUCGUGAAAGUCGAACUACUAGUGCAGUAGACUAUAAUACAAAUGAUGAUAAUAGUCAUGCAGAUGAUCAAAAAUAUAAACAACGAACAUCAUCAAAAGAAUUUUUUGUUUCACUCGAUGAUGACAACGAUACAAAUGAAAACCAUCAUCGUCAACAAACCCAUCAUAAUAAUAAAACUCUUAAGCAAGAUAAACAUUUACUUGCAAGAGUUGAAAAAUUACUUGCCGGUGAUGGUACAACAACAUCCAGUGAAAUGAUGUCAUCACAAGAACGACAAAAAAGAAUUUUAAAAAAACCCAUCACACCACCAAUUGAAGAUGAUCUCGAUGAGCAAAUAUCAAAUCAUAAUCAUGAAUAUCGACAUCUUCCAUCGGCAUGUUCAAUUGAAAAUGAUUUAUCUACUGUUGAUCGUUUAUUAUCAGAACGAACACCAAAUCAUCAUCAUCAUCAACGAAUAAAAUCCGAUGAUAAAAUUAAUCGAGAAAAACAAACGAAAAAAACUCAUAAUAAUUAUAAAGAUGAAAAUCAUAAAGAUUUAAUUGAUAAAAAUGAUCAACAAUUUUAUCGACGUUUAGAUAAUUAUGUUCAAACAGGUCGAUUUGUUUCACCGGAAUCAGAGAAACAAACGGCAAAAAUUGAUGAAACUUCACAAUAUCCAUCUCGUCCAACAACAACAAAAAUAACGAAUAAAGAUGAAGAAUUAAAUGAUUUAGCACGUCGUUGUGAAAAUCUUCUAGGACGUUUACAUGCUGAACGUAAUCGUGCUUAUAUGCUUGAAAAAUCUACACAUCGUCAUGAUUCUUAUCGACCACAAACUACACAUAGUUCAUCAUCUCAUGAUUUAGACAGACAUUAUCAUCAUCAUCAUCAUCAUCGUUCUAUAUCUCCAACCCCUUCUCUUCCUUCUGAACCAACACCAUUAUCACUACAACAAGCUCUCGAACUUUUACGUCCAGAAUUUAUAUCUCGUUCACGUCAACGUGCUCGACGUGUACGUCUUUUACGUGAAGAACGUGAACAUAAUGCAGAAAUCGAUCGUGAACGUCGUCAGAUGCUUCGUUUUUCAUGUUCAUCUUGGUGUGCAAAACCAACAAAACGUGCAACAUCAGCACCAUCUACACGUUCUAAUUUAGCAUAUACUAUUCCAUAUCAUCAACCUGAUUCUUCUCGAAUACCUUUAACAUAUGGUCAAAUGAAACGAGCAACGAAAAAAAAAUAUGAACAAUUACCUGAAGUAACAGAUCGACGACGUCAAAAUCAAAUGGAUGAACUUCGUCGACGAAAUUAUUUACGUGCGAAAGUAUUUCGUACACGUCUUAGACAACAUGUUGCACGACAUGGACGUACGAAUAUUGAUGAAUCAUUAACAAUGAUUGAAACAUAA